GUGCACGCGCUGAGCCAUACUGUCCAUUCUAGGCUCUCGUGUGCAGUACACCCUUAUCAUAUAAAACCAGACGCCGCCUUUGUUUACACCAAAGUUUAGUGAGAGAGCUCCACAGUUCAAGUUCACACCAGCUUGCCCGUCUUUUCCCACACUUGGUUGGAUAAAGGAGACGCAAACAUGGUGGCGAUGACAAAAAGGAUUAAAACUUUUCAGAUCAUUUUUGCGGAUCCCAGUAAGACAUUUUACUGCGGAGGUGAUAGAUUAUGUGGACGCGUGGAAGUGGAAGUCAGUGAGGUUACCCGCGUGUCUGCCCUGAAAAUGCUGGGCCUUGGAUGCGCAAAGGUGGAAUAUGCCAAAGGAAAGCAGCGAUGCAGACAAGAGGCAGAAUACCUUCGACACGAGGAGGUCCUGCGUUUAGACAGCCAGCCGACAGAUGCCGAUGGGUCUGUCAUCUUAAGACCCGGAAACAAGUAUGAAUACUCUUUUGGAUUUGAGCUUCCUCAGAAUGGGCAGUUGGUGUCAUCAUACAAAGGGAAGUUUGGUUACGUCCAAUACUAUGUUAAGGCUUCACUGGAGAGGCCACAUCAGCCUGUCCUUGAGUGCAAGAAAACAUUUGAGGUGGAAGAACCACUGGAUGUAAACACGCCAGACCUGCUGUGUCCCACAGGUGGCUCCAAAGAAAAGAAAGUGACCUGUAUGUUCAUCCCAGACGGCCAGGUGUCACUGAAUGCCAAAAUUGACCGUCGAGGCUUCUGCGAGGGAGAAGAUAUCUGCAUCAAUGCAAAGUUUGAGAACACUUGCUCUAGAAUUGUGGUGCCCAAAGCAGCGAUCAUUGCCAAGCACACUUACCUGGCCAAUGGUCGUACCAAAGUGUUUCGGCAAAAGUUGUCCGCUGUGAGGGGGAACCACAUUAUCUCUGGCAUGUGCGAUGCCUGGUUGGGCAAGUCCAUCAGGGUGCCUAAGAUCAAACCGUCUAUGCUGGGCUGCAACAUGAUCCGUGUGGAGUAUGCCCUCAUGAUUUAUAUCCACAUCCCUGGCAGUGAGAAGCUUAUUUUGGAGCUACCCUUGGUUAUUGGAACACCUGGCCUGGGCAGCCGUAGCAACAGUGUGAGCAGUCAAGAGGGUUCCAUGAGUAACUCGUCCCAAAGCUGGGUGUCCCUCCGCAUGCCCUCAAAUCCCCCCAGCUACUGUGACAUCUCCAGGGACUGCUCGAUGGACCAGCCCCUCACACCACUGCUAGAUGACAUCGAUGGUGAUGGUGAUGACAGCCCUAUAUUCAUAAACCCACCUCGCUUUGAAUACCCAUUGCCACCUGCAUACACAGAGACAGAGGAAGAGUACAAUGGCAACGCUCGCAUGUUGCCGGUGUGCUGAACACCACCGACUCAGUGGUCCAACAGUUGGGACCAUAAAUGAAGCACU